AUGCGUUUUGUCAUUCCUUUCCUCCUUGGCCUGAGCUGGCUUGCAAGGGCUGUCCCCAUGACCUCUCAAGAUGGCAACAUUACUGCGAUCGAAGCUCGUGCUGGAGGAGGCGGUUUCCGCUCAGUGGCCUACUUCGUGAACUGGGCCAUCUAUGGAAGAAACUAUGUUCCUCAAGAUCUACCUAUUGAUAAACUGACCCAUGUUUUGUACGCCUUUGGCAACGUCCAGUCCAAUGGGCAGGUCGUUCUAUCCGACUCCUGGGCGGAUACUGAUAAACACUUUGCUGGUGACUCCUGGAAUGAUCAGGGAAACAAUGUUUAUGGCUGUGUCAAGCAACUGUACUUGCUUAAGAAGAAAAAUCGGAACCUAAAAGUUCUCUUGUCUGUUGGUGGAUGGACCUACUCCACUAAUUUUGCAGGAGCUCUUAGUACGGCAGCAGGCAGGGCGCAAUUUGCUUCAUCGGCGACCACUCUGGUUCAGAACUUGGGAUUUGAUGGAAUCGAUAUUGAUUGGGAAUAUCCUGCCGACAGUACCCAAGCUGCCAAUAUGGUAGCCACCUUGCAAGCGCUGCGCCAAUCUCUUGAUUCCUACAGUGCAGCAAAGGCAAAUGGCUAUCAUUUCCUCAUAACUGUUGCUAGUCCAGCUGGCCCUUCGCACUACCAGCAGCUCCAACUAGCAGCGAUGGAUAAGUACCUCGACUUUUGGAAUCUUAUGGCUUAUGAUUAUUCUGGAAGCUGGGAUACUAUCGCGGGGCAUGAUGCCAAUCUCUACGCAUCCAGCUCCAACCCAAGUAGCACUCCAUUUAACACCGAACAAGCCAUCAACUACUACACUUCCAAUGGUGUGCCAGCAAACAAAAUAGUUUUAGGAAUGCCCCUUUAUGGUCGAUCUUUCAUGAGCACCAACGGACCUGGCACUGCCUAUAACGGUGUGGGAAGCGGAAGCUGGGAGAAUGGUGUGUGGGACUACAAAGCAUUGCCUAGGCCGGGAGCCUCAGUCAAUUAUCUUGAUCAACCCAUCGCAAGCUACAGCUAUGAUCCUUCCCAGAAGAUGAUGGUCAGCUACGAUACUCCACAGGUGGCACAGAAGAAGGCGCAAUAUAUUGCCUCCAAAGGGCUUGGUGGUGGAAUGUGGUGGGAGAGUAGCAGUGAUAAGACUGGCUCGGACAGUUUGAUUGCUACGGUUGUGAGCACACUUGGAGGUACUGGCGCUUUGAGACAGUUCCAGAACCAACUUGGCUAUCCAGCUUCUGUGUACGACAACAUGAAGGCUGGAUUCCCCAAUCAGUAG